UAAUGGGUGUGAUACUAGGCAUCCAAAGACUGAGUCAAAAUUUUAACGUUUAUCUAAUUUCCACCAAUUAAACACAAAUUUGAAAUUCGAAUAAAUAACACAGAUACUUAAUUAAGAUAAUUAAUCGUGCACGAAACUUAAAAAGCCUAAUCCACAUAGGACUCGAUAAUAAGGCCUAAUCCACACAGGAUUUGGUUAUCGGUUGCAGCUAUUAAGUCUGCCCCGCCGCCAGCCCCGCCGCACAGCCAAGCCAAUGGAGAGGUUGCUUUAAUUUGAAGAAGUGGUAUAAGAAGAAAAGGAAGACCCGACUUGUAGAGGCCAAUUCCCUCCACUUGAAAGCCUUGGAAUAUUCCAUUUAAAAGCAUAACUUCUCUACCCAUCAGAAUUUAUACCCACUUUCUUUUUUGUUUCUCCUCAGUCAUUGGCAGAGCUUUUUGCAGUUCGAGUAUCGAUCUCGAUGGAGUUUCAAAUGCCCGAGAACUCAUCACCAUUGGCCUUGUUGUUGUUCUUCUUCAUGUUUCUAUUUGUAUAUGUAUUCGCUUACUUGGUUGUGCUCCAGAACUGGGGGCCCAAGCACAGGAUAGAGGCCUCAAGCUGCUUCAUAUCACUCGCCCAUGGCAGUCCCGUCGUCAUCAUGGCCAUCAUUGCAAUUCUCCAAGCUCCAAACAUGGCUGAUUUCGCCGCUCUCAAUACCAAAUACCAGGGCCUUGUCCUCGAGUACAGCAUGGCUUAUUUCUUGAUGGAUCUUCUUCACUACAUACUGUUUUAUCCACGAGAUUUCGUCUUUAUAUGUCAUCAUCUGGCAGUGCUUUACGUGUUCGCUACAUGCCAUUACUUGGUUCGUCGUGGUGCUCUGCCCAUUCUGGUGCUUUUGGUGCUCGCGGAGUUCAGCAGUGGGUGCCAGAAUGUUUGGACCCUAGCGGGUUACAGAAGGGCUGAUGUGCCGGCCGCCGCUAAGUUUCAGGACUUCGUGUCUCCAUAUUUCUUCACCUUUUACAGCAUUCUCAGAGGGGGCUUCGCGCCUGUCUUUCUGCAUAAGAUGGGAGAAUUUUAUGUCAGCAGUGCAGCAGAAAAUUUGAUUCCUAAGUGGGCUUGGAUUUCAUGGAUGGGUGUAAUUGGAACUGCCAUUUUAGUUAGCAUAUUGUGGGUCGGAAAUCAUUGGGUUCUCUGGUUUCGACGUACAAAGCAUGGGAAAGCAGUGUGAACGUAUUUUAGACUUUUAAUUCUUAUUUAGCUUAGGCUUAGGGAUAAGGAUGACAACAGGUGGUUGAAUUGUUUAUGCUAUUAUUUAAUUUUUAAAAUUUCUACUAAUAUGCA